AUGGAUCCCGCGAUCCAGCGUGCUCUUAACGACAAACUCUAUGAUAAACGCAAAGUCGGCGCUCUCGAGCUAGAGCGCGUCAUUCGCGAGCUCGUCGCAAAAAAUGACUAUGCCAGGAUCGAGGCAGUUCUCGAUCAGCUUUGUAACGAGUUUGCCUAUGCCGUUCAUCAGCCUCAUGCGCGGAACGGCGGGCUGAUAGGACUGGCUGCAGCCGCGAUUGCCCUUGGUUCGGAGCUUCCGAGGUACCUCGAAGUCAUUGUGCCGCCAGUCCUCGCUUGCUUCACCGAUCAGGACGCCCGUGUACGAUACUAUGCCUGCGAGGCCAUGUACAAUAUCGCCAAGGUCGCAAAGGGCGAGAUCUUGAUCUACUUCAACCACAUAUUCGACGCGCUCUGCAAGCUUGGUGCCGACUCAGAACUGUCCGUAAAAAACGGAGCCGAAUUGCUCGACCGCCUGAUCAAGGAUAUCGUUUCGGAGUCCGCGGCUACCUAUGUCUCUGUUUUGGAGCAGCCACCCCCCUAUCAGGAGGACGGCAAGGAUGCGCAGGACUUCGUCGAGCUGCCGACGGCUUUUUCCCUGAAGCGCUUCAUCCCUCUGCUCAGGGACCGGAUCCACGCGCUCAACCCCUUUACGAGGACAUUUCUGGUCGGCUGGAUCAUUCUCUUGGACUCCAUCCCGGACCUGGAGCUCGUCACAUAUCUGCCCGACUUCCUUGGCGGUCUCUUGCGCUUCCUGAGUGACUCCAACCGGGACGUCCACGUCGCCACUCAGGGUUGCUUGGACAAGUUCCUCAACGAGAUCAAACGCAUCGCCCGCAUCAAAAAGGGCAUUGCCGAAAGCAAAAAGUCCAGAGAAGGGAAGCGCAAGCGGGUGGACUCGAUAGAUAGUGGCAGCGUGCGGCCCCAGCUUGAGGAUGGUGAAGAGCUUGAUUCCGAAACCGCCGCCGACGAUGACGAUCUCGAGAGUGAAGAUGAUUGGGUUCCGGGACAGGAUGUCCAGAUCAACUACAAGGCCAUCUUAGAGAUACUGACUGCGACCCUUGAUUCACAACUGGAUGAGGAUGGGUUGUUGGAGUCGCUGCGCUGGAUUGUCGAGUUUUUGGAUAUCUGUCCCGAGGAAGUGCUUCCUUUCACCCCCAAGAUCCUGGCUCAUCUCCUGCCUGCCAUGGCUAGUGGCGUCGAAUCGAUCCGCCAGGCUGCUGGCAGGGUUAACACAUCGCUGAUGGACUAUGUCGUCUCCCUGUCCGAUGAGGCAGACCUGCCGAUGGCACCGACAUCGCGCAUACCGGGCCCGGCCCCGCCAACCGGUGACCGGCAAGAUGGGACUAACAGCGCUCGCGCCUCACUGUCUGGUUCGACGAGAGACCUUGAGGUGCGGAGUCCCACGCCGGCUCAGGGAAGGACCGUCCCGGGGGCUCUUACCCCGGCACUCUCUGCUCCUUCGCCCCAACCAGAUCUUGACUACGCGGCCGCGGUGAACUCGCUGACCCUACUAUUCCUGAAUGACCACGAAGCCACUCGCGUCGCAGCACUGACAUGGUUGAUCAUGUUGCAUCGCAAGGCGCCGAGAAAGGUCCUUGCCUUCAAUGACGGGACUUUCCCCGCGCUGCUCAAGACGCUAUCGGACCCUGCAGAGGCGGUGGUAACAAAGGACCUGCAGCUUCUGUCUCAGAUUUCGAGGAACAGUGAGGACGACUACUUCACAAACUUCAUGGUCAAUUUGCUCCAGCUCUUCUCGACAGAUAGGAAGCUUCUCGAGACGCGCGGAAAUCUCAUCAUCCGCCAGCUCUGCACAAGCCUCAGCGCCGAGCGCAUCUAUCGGACCCUGGCCGACUGCAUUGAGAAGGAAGAGGAUGUUGAAUUCGCGAGCAUCAUGGUUCAGAACCUCAACAACAACCUGAUUACCGCACCAGAGCUUGCUGACCUGCGGAAACGGCUGCGGAACCUCGAGAGCAAGGAUGGCCAAACCUUUUUUGUUGCUCUGUUCCGCUCGUGGUGCUAUAAUGCGGUGGCCACGUUUUCCCUAUGCUUGUUGGCCCAGGCAUACGAGCAGGCCUACAACCUGUUGCAGAUAUUCGCGGAACUAGAAAUGACGGUCAACAUUCUCAUUCAAAUCGACAAGCUUGUGCAGCUCCUCGAGUCGCCUGUCUUCACCUACUUGCGGCUGCAGCUCCUCGAACCUGAGAGAUAUCCGCAUCUAUACAAGUGCUUAUAUGGCCUUUUAAUGCUCCUUCCUCAGUCGUCGGCUUUCGCUGCUCUUAAGAACCGUCUCAACAGCGUCAGCUCGAUUGGCUAUCUGCAUAUUGCGCCUAAACCGAACGCGACGACUCCGAACGCCCCGUCUUUUGACCGUCCCAACCGCCUCAAAGGCAGAGAAGAAGGCAUCAUUCGCUGGGGCGAGCUCCUCGAGAAAUUCCGCACCGUGCAAGAACGUGCCCGCCGCUUGCAACGCAUGGGUGGUGGCGGAGGUGAUUUAGACGACCCUGCCGGCGGGGACCUGCGAAUCGGUGACGGCGGGAUGGAGUCGAAGCCUGGACAGGGCCCGGAUGGCGCGGGCCCGGGUACCAGGACCGGACGAGGGCCGGUUCCUGUUGUCAAGGACAGCCCGGCUACGAAGCCCGAGCCGGUGUCGAAGCCUCGCACGGGACUGGGGAGGCAGUUUGGGCGACUAGGAGGGGCGGUGUCAGGGCGAGGCAAGCGCGCCUAG